AUGGCCACGGAGGGCUCGCCGUCAGAGUACGACUCUGACUCCAGCGUGCAGUUCCUGCGCGCCUUGGUCGGCAACCGGCCCGUGGAACGCCCCGGGGACCAGUCCGGGGACCGCACCGCGCACCGCCGCGAUGCGCUCUACGAUGACGACCAUGACGACGGCGAACGGGGGGCGUCGCCCGCACGGCGGGCCUCGUCAGAGCAAGCCAACGCGGCGCCGCGCCCUGCGCUGCCCGCCCAGACCCCACAGGCCUCGCGGGGCCCCUACAUGUCGGCCAUCGACAACCUGCGCGUCCUCCUGAACGAGCCUCUGGGACACGACUCGAGCCUCGGCCUCCUGCCUCCUGCCUCCACGCAUGCAUCGCAGCCACCGCAGCCGCCACAGCCGUCGCAAGCGCCGCAGCCGCCGCAGCGGUCGCAGCCGUCGCUGCCACCGCAGCCGUCGCUUCCACCGCAGACAUCGCUUCCACCGCAGCCGUCGCAGCCGUCGCUUCCACCGCAGACACCGCUUCCACCGCAGCCGUCGCAGCCGUCGCUUCCACCGCAGACAUCGCUUCCACCGCAGCCGUCGCAGCCGUCGCUUCCACCGCAGACAUCGCUUCCACCGCAGCCGUCGCAGCCGUCGCAGCCGUCGCAGCCGCCGCAGCCGCCGCAGCCGCCACAGCCGUCGCCAAAAGAGCAGGUGAUCCAGGAGACCGCGAUUCUGUACUUUCCCACGUUUUUGGGUCAAUCUGUGCACGACUGCUUUGGCUUUUCAGAACCCUCAGUUCCUGACCCCUGUCACAAGGCCCGAAUUAGAGUACCAAGCCAUCUUCUGUGA